GAGCAGGGACAGCAUGGUGCUGGCUGUCCUGGAGGACUACGCAGAUCCUUUUGAUGCGGCACAGGUGGCUGGUAGCCAGGCAGGGCUGGAGAAGGUGACGGAGAACGAUGGAUACAUGGAGCCUUAUGAAGCCCAGAAGAUGAUGGCUGAGAUCCGCCAGAAGGGCUUACGGGAGGCUCCUGCCCGGCCGCUGCCCCUCUAUGACACUCCCUACGAGCCUGUCCUUGGAGGGCUGGACAUGGAGGGUGACCGCCCAGCUUGCCCCAGGCCCAGGGAGUCCCGGCUGCCUGAGGACGACGAGCGGCCGCCCGAGGAGUACGACCAGCCCUGGGAGUGGAAGAAGGAGCGGAUCUCCAAAGCCUUUGCAGUUGAAAUCAAGGUCAUUAAAGACCUGCCAUGGCCACCGCCGGUGGGACAGCUUGACAGCGGUGAAAGCCCCCCGGACGGUGAGGCCGGUGCCUCCGUCCCUCCGCACUACGGCCAGCCCAGCUACGAAGACGCCAACGGUCCAUCAGAGGGGUUGGGGUAUGGCCACACCUCACCCUGCAGGGAGGAGAAGGCCAGGGCUGCCCUCAGGCAUGGCUCCAGCAGCCUCAAGAGCACGAAGAUGCUGAUUGCUGAACCUGGCCCCUUCGUCGGGGAGAGGAUUGACCCUGCCCUGCCCCUGGAGAGCCAGUGCUGGUACCAUGGGGCCAUCAGCCGGACAGACGCGGAGACGCUGCUGAGGCUGUGCAAGGAGGCCAGCUACUUGGUGCGCAACAGCGAGACCAGCAAGAAUGACUUCUCCCUCUCCUUGAAGAGCAGCCAGGGCUUCAUGCACAUGAAACUGUCCCGGACCCAAGAGAACAAGUAUGUGCUGGGUCAGCACAGCCCGCCCUUCGACAGCGUGCCAGAGAUCAUUCAUCACUAUGCCAGCCGCAAGCUGCCCAUCAAGGGGGCUGAGCACAUGUCCUUGCUUUACCCGGUGGCUAUCCGUACCCUAUAGUACUCACCCUCCGUGAGCCAGGCUCGAGGCUGGGUGCACCCGAAACUGGCCCGUCCACAGGGCCGAGCAUUGCUGUGCUGAGGACGGGCUCCGGACCAGCAGCCCAUAAGCAGCUCAUUGGGCGUGGCUGGUGCUGCUGGGGAUUGCUGCAGCUGCACCCCUCGUCCCGCUCUCUCGGGGGGCUCCUGGGUGCUGGUUUGCCCACUGAGAUGGCACCGGGAGGACCCCCUGUGUGAGGAGCUGAGCGGGGCUUGCCAGCUGUCCCCUGCCCUCGCCUGCCUCUGGGCAGAGCUCGGGUUGCAAGGGCUGGAACUGGGGCCUGGGAGAGGCUGGGGAGGGGGGCGAUGUGUGGGGAAAAGGGGGAGAAAUCAUCCAGUAGCAGGCCUGAGGUGCCUCCCAACAGGGGCCUGGCUCUGCCCAUGGGAGACAAAAUGGCUGUGCCCAAGGUGAGGUGGCUGGCAGGGCACGAGCAGGGGCCUGCCAGGGGCUAGCGAGGCACAGGGGUCAGGCAGGCCGGUGCUGGCCCCCACCCACCCACACGGGUGCUUGGUACUUGCCACCAUCCUUUGCCAAAUGUAAAUAGUGACCGGUCUUGGCUGCGUGUGCAGCACCACUGCCCAAUAAAGCAGUGCAUGGUCUCCUGCUGCUCCAUGGGGACCGCAUGCCCGCAUCCCGCCACCUUGAUUGGGGCAUUGGUGUGACAAAAUGGCGGGGAGGGGGAUUUUAUUACACAAAAGCUCUAAGCGAAUUGAUUUUUAUUUUGCUCUUGCAUACACUGAGAGCCCUGUGCCUGAAUGGUCCAGCCAGCUCACUCGACUGAGACACAGGGGACAAGGGGCACUGGUGGUCACAUCCUUGCUAAUGUCUUUGGAACCCUUCGUGGGCAGUGAUGAGCUGAUUUGGUCAAGCCUGUUAUUCCCUAUAGAAGGGGGUGUUCUUUGGGAUCUUUUGCCUCCUGUUUUCCUUCAUCCUCUGUAAGUCUUAGGCAAAGUCCCUGAAUUUCACAGACCUCCUGUUUUCCUCCUCUGGGUAUUUACUGGCUCCAGUCUUGUCCAUCUUUUGGACUCCUUGUCUUUGGGCAGCUUGCUCCUUCUCUUCUUUUGGCUGAAGCUACAGCUGAUGCUCUGUAGCAUUUAAUGCAUACCUUGCCUUUUAACCGUGUUCCUGGUCUUGCUGCUGUAUCCACGCCUGUACGUUUCCUCCAUCCAUGCUUCAAAGCCUAGUCUUGCAGUUACUCUCCUGCAGUGUGUUCCCUUUCCCCUCCGCUCCCUGUGUGCCCUCACUGUGCUCAGCAGAGGGGAUGGUGGCAGCAAAUGCGCGGCUGGACCAGCAAAACCUUUUGCAUCAGCAGAGUAAAGCACUUAGGGCAUUGGUGGGAUGUGUUAGCAGUGUCUUGAUGAAGGCUUUGUGAAAAAGCAUCAUCCUCCGCAUCACCUGCUCCCAGGAAGGAGCAGGUCCUGCUGGUUUGUGGGGGGAGGCAGGUGAUUGAUGAGACCGUGGGGACCUUGCAUGGGUGAACGCUGCAGCCACAGCAGAAACCCAGCUCUACCAUCCAGGGCUCUGGUGUUCUCCAGACGAUCUGUAGCUGUCCUGGCUGCUCAUCGUGGCUUUGAGCUGCUGUGGGGACCAUUGGGCACAGCUGGUGUGGUCCCUGAGUGCAUGCUGCAGUUGGGAGCCUGCAGAAACUGGUGGUUUGUUCCAGGAUGCCUCAACCUCUGCCGCUCCUUAAAAGGCAGCAGUUUAUGCUGGUCGGGUGCCCGGUGCCUUCUUACAGGCCUGCUUGGCUGCUGGCAGCUCCCUGGCUGCCUCUCACUCUCCAUCCCAGGGAGGCAUCUUGUCCGUGGAUGGAGAUGGCUCCAGCUGAAGGUUUUUUCUCCCCGCAGUGCCAUACCGGAGCCUGCAGAGAGGGCUGGAGAGGCAGAAAUCUGCAGAGAUGCUCUUGGAUGCCCUUGCUGCAUUUAAAAGGUUUCAAGGCCCCUUAGCAGCCCUGUUGUGCUCUGAUGGCACCAGCACAGAGCUCAUCCCUGGGGUUACUCUGCUGUCUCCGUGGCCAUGGCUGGGAAAGCAGAGGCUUCUUGGGUCGUGCAGCUGAGGAAUGAAGGCAGAGAGAGGCUCCCCACGUAUUGUGUUUUUCUUGAGAAACUUUGGUAGGGAGCAAACUGCCUGGCAGCCAGUGUACUGUAUCAGUAAGCUCACAGCCUUAUGGUGAAAAUCCUGCCCAAGCAGCCUGGCUGAAUCUUGGGGACAUCCUGGCCGAGCACUAAGAUAUGUGAGACCUGUGUGCAUUGCACCAGCUCCCCAGAAACAGUCAUGGACCAGCAGAACUGCUCUGGAGCUGGCUUUGUGCUUCAGCUAAGCAGCUCUCAAUCCUCCCUGUGGCAAUUACAUCCCUUCUCAGACCUCUGUUCUUCAGGCUGAAGAUGCCCAGCUCCUCAAGCAUCUCCUUGUACAACAUGUUCUCCCGCCCUGGCCAUCCUAGUGACCUUCUGCAGGACUCUCUCCUUGUACUUGGGGUUCAGAAUUGGACACAGUAUCCUGAUGUGGCCUCACCAGUGCCAAAUAAAGGGAAAUAACCACUUCCUUUCACCUGGCUAUGCUCAUAUGGUAACUUGAGUUGGAAGGGACCUCAGGAGGUCUGUAGUGCAUCCUCCUGCUCCAAGCAGUGUUAGUGUUGACCAGAGUCAGGAAUGGCUUAUUUUGGAGCGAAGCAGAACUGCCCUAAGCCUAGCUACAUUUUUUUCUCCCCCUCUUCAUAGCACUACCAGGAGGGACUGGACACCAGGGAUAAAGCAUAGUAUUACCAGGAGAGGCUGGUCAUUAGGGAUAGAAGACUGAAAAUUCACUGCAAACUGAGGGCAUGCAACCUCCAGCUCCAUGUGGGCCCUCGUGAUAGAGAAGGUCCAACAAGAAAGAUGCAGUGACAGGGUACAGAAUGCAGAACCAUAGCAAAGAGCCAGCCCACAGUUUGGCAUUGGGUCAGGGGAUGGACCUAAUCUCAAAUGGGGCAGAUCCAAGCAAGUUCUGGGUCCUGUUUGGACCCAGGGGGUCUUUAUUUUGGGAUUCCCACAAAAAGCAUAUGACUCAGUCUGGUUGGUGCAUUUCAUCCUCUGUGAUGGGAGCUGAUCAGGAGCUCCCCAGAAAAUUUGAAUUGAAACUCUCUUGCAAGGGUAUUUUAGUGCUACCUUUGCAUUCCCAUGACUGAAGUGAGUGUUGUUUGGGAUUGAGGUGGGUGGGUGCAGCCAUGUGACAAGGCUAGAGAGGUGAUGGGGGAUCACCAUUCAUGAGGAUGCUAAUCCCCAGGAUGGACAAGGGCCUGAGCAACCUGAUGUGGCUUUGAGGUUAACCCUGAUGGGAGCAUGAAGGUUGACGAGAGACCUUUGUAGAAAUUCCCAAUCCACUUGUCCCGGCAAUCCCCCGUGUCCUCCCAGCUGCCUCUGUUGUCUGUCCCUCCUCCCUGCAAGUGAAACAGCUCUGUCAUUCAUUGCCUGAUCUCUAGUCCCUUGCUAAGCCCUCCAUAAUCACUGAGCUGUUUUAGCAUUCUGCGGGCCCUGAUAAUGAAGGAAGUUUGUUUCAUAAUUGGAUUAGCACUGCUGGGAACAUGCUCUUGCAUGGUGGUCAGGGCUGAGCCGGUGCGGCCCCCGAGUCCCCUGCUGCUCUGCCUGAUUGUGGGCCAGCUUGGGGCUGUGCUUAUUCCCGCACAGGACUUCACUGGCCAAAAGAUGUAGUCUUGCAGGAGGAAGGCAACCAAGAGGGGUGAAAGGCUGAUGCAGGGCAGAAUUUGAGCUUUCCCUCCUUGGAAGCUGGGGUGUGUUUGCAGAAACUGUCACAGUCCCUAAGUCUCUCACCUGCUGGAAAUUAAGCACUUUGGUUAGCAUCAAGCUCCACAUCAGCCUUAUCACCUGCCCCAGCACAAGCCAUUAAGGCUCCUGAACACCUCAGAGGCUGGAGAGCAUCACCAGUGACUGAUCCUUGUGGGACUGGGUAAAACCCUCAGAUGUGUUGUGGGGUGUGGUCCCAUCAUCCGUGGGAUUCCUGCCCUUCUGGCCUGGAGGAGUUCCCUUAAACCCAAGCGUAGUGAUUAGUUUAAAACCCCAGCCCUAGCAGUGAUGCAUAAGUUGCUUGGAUAUCACAGAAAACACAGUGCCCUGUGUUCUGUCUCAAACCACAGCAAUCUGCAGAAGGAUCAAAUAACCCAAUAGCUCAGCUGCCAAAGUUUAUAGCAAAGGAGAAAAAUUUGUUCCCAAUCCCUGCAGGCUACCAGCAAAACGUGCAGUGUAGCACAUACAUAGCACACACAUAAAUGUGGCACACGUAUGGCCCAGCUGAUUGCCUCCUUUCAGAUCUCAGAAAGACUAAUGUAUCUGACACAAGGGGCAAGUUCAGCUCCUAACUCAGAGACCACCCUUUGGUAUGCUUCCCCAGCAUCCUCAAGCCAGUUACUUGCUCCUGGUACUCUGUUGGAAGAUUGUCCCAAAACAUCUAUGCUUGGAUGCUUCCACCUAAUUUUCAGUCUACUUGUGAGCAGUUCUCUCCUUCUCCUUGCAAAAUUUUGGAGGCAUGUCUCCAAAACAGCAUGCUUGGGCAGAUCUUCCAGGGGAGAUCUUCCCGGUGCCUUGCUAGUGAUGUGGCUGUGUCGCUUCUGAAAGCACAUCCCAGGCAUGACAGCUGCACACUCCCAGCCCUGCACUGCUUGCUAUUAACAGUGGCAGGGUAAUUCCAAGACUGAGGUGGAGGAACAGUGCUAGAAGCAGCUCCUUGCUCAGAGACAUCCCUUUUGAUACAACCCACCAUUUGCUUGAUUAGCUGGUUCCUCCUCUGCUAUGUCCAUACCCAUGACUUCCAGCAUUGGAAACUGGGUCAUACUGGGUGCCAAUCAAACUUUUUCCUUAUAUCUAGGCAGGCUAAAUGCACUGCAUCGCCUUGUCUAAGGUAAUUAUCAAAGAAAAAUCAUUACGUUACAUUCAGACAAUGUAUCCGUGAUAAAUUCGGUUUCCAUUUGCCUUCA